ACUCGGCAGUGGAUGACUUGUUUGCCAUCUUCUGUCAGUGUGCGGAACUAAACCCUGACCCUGACGCAGAGCAAGAGGACGAUCCUGAUUGGGUUUUCAAUGCUGACCAGAUUGAAGUUGAAGAAGAUGAUGGUGGUGAUUGUGAAGAUCCUGAAAUUCCUAUUGGUUUUUCAAAUGGUGUACAUGAGCUAUCUCGUUCUGUGCUCGAGGCUCCCAAAAGAGGGGUGGAGGCACCAGUGGCGGUGAAGAAGAAGACUGCUCCCAAAAGAGGGGUGAAGGCCCCAGUGGCGGUGAAGAAGAAGACUGAUAAGGUUGUGAAUCCUUGUUUUGAAAAGCGUCCAAAACAGUUUGGCAUUGGUGGUGCGUUGCCUCCAAAAAAGGAUUUGCAUAGGUUCGUGAAAUGGCCAAAAGUUGUCCGCAUUCAGCGUCAGAGGAGGAUACUCAAGCAACGUUUGAAGUUUGGUAUCUCCAUUCCAACUACUGGAUCUCAAACCAAGCUUGAAAUGGAUGAUGAUCGGAAACUCUCAAUUUAUAUGGAGAAGGAAAAAGACAUGGAAGGGGGGAGUUCAGAGUUGCUGGACAAAAAGCCAAGUGCGUCUCAGCUUUGUCCAUUUGAAAUCCUGCAAAUAAUAAUGUCAUCUUUACCUUUGAAAUCCAUUGGGAAGUUCAAAUGUCUAUCUAAGACUUGGUACACUACUUUAUCUGAUCCUUACUUCCGUCGGUUGUAUGAAUCGAAAUUGGAUCCCUCCAGAAAGUUAAAUCUUAUCAUUGUUCCUCCAAGCAAUGACCUCGUGGAACCUGUUUCAUUCAAUUCAAUUCAGUAUAAUGAAACUUCAUCUUCUUUUGAGGACUCCACCAAUUACAAGUGUCCCUUCCAAUCAAACCUCAAGUACCUAUCUUUACAAGGUUCUUGUAAUGGUUUACUAUGUGUUCAAGUUGAUUUGAAUCAGCUUUGCGUAUGGAACCCUUGUACGGAAGUGCAUACUAUGCUUCCCCAAGUGCCUAACAUCACAUCUGAAAGCCGCAAUUGUACACCGCCUCCUUUCAAAACCUAUGGCUUUGGUUGGGAUUCUGAGUCUCAACAUUACAAGAUACUACACAUGGCAGCAACUUGGAAGCGUUGGGGUUCAGCAGUAGCAGCGAUUACCUUGGGAGAGAAGUCCUGGAGAUAUCUGAAAAAUGAAUCUUUCAACUUUGAAGGAGAAUCACAUGAGGUGGUGUUCUCAAAUGGUAAAAUAUAUUGGAAAGCAAUUGAGACUAGUGGAGAAUUGGGAAGGAAUUUCAGCCAGUCCUUUGUUAUUGCUGCUUUCAACAUCAACAGAGAGGCGUUCAGCCUUACCCAACCCCCAGAGCCUUUGGUUGGUAAUCGUGGAGUACAGGGAAAGAUUUCUGGAACUUUGAUUAGUCAGUUGUUGGGUAGCCUUUCUCGAUGCUUCAGGAAGGGUAUCACAUAUGGAUACUUAAAGAAGAUGAAGGUGUAUCAAGUUGGGAUCACAUGUUCUCAUUCAAUAUCACGAUACCACGCUUUCAUUCCUUGAGGCCUCUACACAUCUCCGGAAAGUUUGAAAUGUUACUUUUUGGUCCAGUGAUGGACAAUGACCAGUAUUCUAUGGUUUUGUAUAACCCCGUUAAGACAUCAACAGCUGUUGACAUGCUAACUAUUCCAAGUGCUUAUGGCUUGCAUGCAUUUACCCGGAGUGUUGAGUCGGUGAAUUCAGUUCUGUUUAAGAAAAGAAAUGAAGGGAUAAGUGCGGAGAUGUAAGUACCGUUAAGGAGGGAUGGUUCUGUCGUGACGGAGGAGAAUAAUGCGAAGAUACAGACGGUUUUAUGGGAGGAUGUGUCGGUGAACCCAGUUCUUGUUAGAUCUGUUCGUUAGGUAUUUCGAAUUUGUAAGUUGAGGUUUUAUUCACAUGGGGUUCCAUGUUUUCAAGCGGAUGUCACACUGGCUCUCAUAACAAGAAUCUUUCAUGUUAUACUAUUUUGUCGAGAUGUUAUAUCGAAAACCUUUUAUUCUGACU